AUGAACGGCCUGCAGUAUCAUCCACAGCCAUAUGGCACGCAGGCGAUGGGACCCCUACACCAGUAUUUUGCACCCCAAUUUGCAACACAGACCUUCGGGUCGGCACCAAUUCCAAUACCAUACGGGCUUCAGAACUGGGGGGCUCCUACGUACCAAAAUGCAUUAGAAUUCAGUUUGGUUGGAGGAAGCGUCAAAAACUUACCCUUCGUAGCCUGGAUACAAAAAUAUCCUCUCCCGACAGACUUGAAAUACCCUUUGCACCUUGGGACCUACAAAGGAAAAAGCGACCCGGAUGAUUUCCUGGAAGCAUUCGAGGGAGUAGCUGAGAUGAAAGCAUGGAACGUACCCAUUGCGUGCCGAAUGUUUAGGUAUGCUCUCGAAGGGGAUGCCAGAGAAUGGUUAAAAAGCGUAAUGAAAGGGUCAAUUGUUAGCUUUGACGACCUCAAGGAAAAAUUUAGAGCCCGAUUCAGUCAACAGAAGAAACACAAGAAAAUCCACGUGGCGGCCCACGGGAUAAGACAAAGAGAAACAGAAAGCUGUAGAUCAUUCAUUGACAGGUUUACCACUGAGACAGAGGAUAUAGUAGACCUCGCUAAGUCCCAAAGGAUAUCAGGACUAAUUCAUGGCCUUCGGCACAAACCACUGGUAGAGUUCCUAUAUAGGGAUCUUCCAAAUACUUAUGAAGAGGUCCAAAAGAGAACGCAUGUAUUCUUAGAUGCAAGGGAAAUAGCUUCGAAGGGGGACAAUAGUCCCCCACAUGACAAAGAGGCUUCGACAAAAAGGGGGAAAUGGGGAAAUGAUAGGGAAAAACCUAAAUAUAGCCCGUACCAAAAGGAAGAUAGGGGAUUCCACAAGACUAUUCUACCAGAACUGAAUAAGACUCCAAAAGAAAUCCUACUCACCGAAAGCGUGCUAAAGAAGGCCAUAGAAGAAGCUAUUAGCGAAGGAAAGCUGGCACACCUGGUUAAAAGUGUGAGGCAGCAAAACCCCAAGAAAGAGGAUGAACAAGGAGAAAAGAAAAAAGGCCCAGAAAAGACUAUCUAUACUAUUUUAAAGAAAAAAACUGUGGAAAAGCGCCCACUCCCAAAGAUGUACCGAGGCGAUGUAAGCAAUAUCUCAUUUCCUUCAACAUACAAGGUCUUCCGUGACCCACUGUUAAUCACUGCCAUUUUGGAAAUAUCAAAAGUUAAGGAGAUAAUGGUAGACACAGGGAGUGAAUGUAAUGUGCUGUACGAGAAAGCGUUUUGGAAGUUACACCCUGUGUCACGAAUGAACCUCAAGAGAACAGAAGCUUCGGUACAAGGGUACUGCGGAGAAACAGGUAAUCCCAUGGGAAAGCUAUCAGUUAAAAUGACUAUCGGAGAGGGAAGGUGGAAGCGAACUGAGAAAAUCAGUUUUCUGGUAGUCAGUGGAACUUCCCCAUUUCAGGCAAUCCUUGGAAGACCCGGGAUACAAAAGUUUGAAAUGAUCCCAUCCGUCAUUCAUGGCAUGAUCAAGUACCAAUCGGACAGAGGCAUUGGAACCUUAGUAACAAAGAACAAGAAGCUAUCUGAGGAAGGCCAGGAUGGACCCCAUUACCUGACAUGGAGCGAAGGACCUUACCUAGGUCGUAAGGAUGGAUACUAA